AUGUCUGACCGUUGCCAGCCCUUCUUGCAAUGCAUAAAGAAAUCUACCAACACCACCUGGGGACCAGAGCAAAGAAAAGCGUUGGAAGAAUUGAAAACUUAUUUGAGCUCCCCUCCUAUAUUGAGCUCCCCCAUAGCUAAUGAAGAUUUAUUCUUGUACUUGUCUAUCUCACAAUUCGCUGUGAGUUCUGUUCUCUUCCGAGAAGAAGCCAAUCGUCAGAAGCCAGUGUUCUACUGCAGCAAGAUGCUUUUGGACGCCAAAACUCGUUACAGUAUGAUGGAAAAGUUGGCACUCGCACUCCUUACGGCAAAGAAGAAGUUACGACAAUAUUUUGAAAGCCACACCAUCAUUGUAUAUACGGACUAUCCAUUAAAGCAAGUAUUGAGUAAGCCCGACCUCUCUGGAAGGUUAUCUAAAUGGGCAAUUGAGCUAGGGACGUACGAUAUUCAGUUCUCGCCACGAAAAGCUAAAAAAGGACAGGUACUAGCUGACUUCCUAGUUGAAAUUCAGUCGUUCACCCCUGACACUCUGCCAGAAUUGUUAAAGUCAGAAGAUCAAUGGGUGUGGACGAUGCAUACUGAUGGAGCAUCCAAUUCCCAAGGGGCUGAACUAGCACGAGAAAUGGGCAUCCAACGUCUGAAUGUCAGAGGAGACUCACAGCUUAUGAUAGAGCAAGUGGCUGGGAAUUUCGAUACUAAAGCACCCCAUCUGGCUAGCCUUCUACAAAAGGUAACUGACUUGCGAUCACAUUUUCACCAGUUCGAACUCAUACAAGUACCUAGGGAGCAAAAUCAGAAGGCCGAUGCCCUUGCCAAAUUAGCCUCUGCAGGAGGUUGCACACGCCAGUCCUCCAUAUCUAUAAGCCGAUCAAGCAAAGACAUGGAAGUCUAUUCAACCUCAUCAGAACCUGAAUGCUGGAUGGAUCCAAUCAUAAGAUACUUGUCCACCUCCGAACUCCCACCUAACCCAAAAUACGCAAAACUUAUGCGCCUUCAGGCACAUCGUUAUUCCAUAAUCCAUGGGACGCUGUACCGCAAGUCCUUCAACGGCCCCUACCUACGGUGCUUGCGUCCAUCAGAAGCUAAAAAAUUGCUAGAAGAGAUACAUGAGGGGACAUGCGGAAAUCACACAGGGGGACGAAGUCUGGCACACAAAGCACUUACAGCAGGGUAUUACUGGCCAUACAUGAUGAUAGAGGCACGUGACUAUGCCAAAAAAUGCGACAAAUGCCAACGAUUCGCACCCACCAUCCAUCAACCUGCUCAAACCUUACACUCCAUCGUUGCACCUUGGCCUUUUGCAAAAUGGGGUAUGGAUGUGGUAGGUGAACUACUUAAGGCUGCUGGAGGAAGACGGUAUUCUCUUGUAGCCACUGAUUACUUCACGAAAUGGGUUGUGGCAGAGGCAUACGUCACAGUCAGCAAAACAUACACUAUGUCCUUCAUUUGGAAGCAUAUCAUAUGUCAAUUUGGGAUACCAUGGGAGAUAGUCGUGGACAAUGGAACCCCGUUCCAAAAUGCGAAGGUACAAGAACUAUGUGACACAUACAAGAUCAAGCUGAGCUUUGCCUCUGUCACUUACCCACAAGGUAACGGCCAAGCAGAAGCUUCCAACAAAGUUAUCUCUUAUGAUCUCUUGAUGGAAGUUUGGAUUUGA